AUGCGUCAAAGCUGGAGCGAAGCUUCAAUGACAAGUGCUCUAGAAGCUGUUGAACAAGGUUUGCCUUAUAAAACAGCAAGUAAACAAUUCUCUAUACCAGUGAUGACUCUGAAAAGAAGAGCCAAAGGAAAAAAUAUCCAUGCUAUAGGUUCAAUAAAGCUUCUGGGGAGCAAGCGUACAGUUUUUACACAGGAACAAGAACACGAACUUGUUCAACACAUACAGGAUAUGGAGUCCAGAAUGUAUGGUUUGACGACUCGAGACAUCCUUUCUCUCGCGUAUCAAUUGGCUGAGAAAAAUAAAAUAAAACACCCCUUUUCUACGGAAAAGGGUAAAGCCGGUAUUGACUGGCUAAGAGGAUUCCGCAAACGAAAUCCUAAUAUCAGUCUCCGCACUCCCGAAUCAACAUCGGCUGCGCGAGCGCGUGCUUUUAACAAGCCAGUUGUUGAUACAUUUUUCCUUACGUUGAAAAACAUUCAAGAAGAACAUUCAUUCCCUUCACAUCGCAUUUUUAAUGUUGAUGAGACUAGUUUAAGCACUGUUCCUACGAAAAAUACAAAAGUGUUCGCAAAAACGGGUCGUAAGCAGGUGGCAAGAGUAACGUCAUCUGAAAGAGGCGAUACAACAACUGCAGUUCUGUGCAUGUCAGCUUCUGGCAACUUCAUACCACCAAUGCUAAUUUUUCGCAGAGUUCGGAUGAAAACUGAACUAAUGGAUGGUGCACCUCCAGGGUCUGCUUAUGCAUGCAAUGCGUCAGGCUGGAUGAAAUUGGAAGUGUUCGCACAGUGGUUUGAACAUUUUUUGACCCACGCAAAACCGUCUGCCGAAGAUCCCGCACUUUUAAUAUUGGACGGUCACCUUUCACACACCAAAAACUUAGGCGUCAUAUUAAAAGCAAGACAACAUAAUGUCACUAUUUUAUGUCUGCCACCACACUGCACGCACAAACUCCAACCGCUGGACGUUGGGGUGAUGUAUCCAUUAAGCGUAUACCAUAACCAGGCUUUAGAGAAGUGGAUGAAUAAUAAUCCUGGAAGAGUGGUCACAGUUUUCCAAAUAAGCAAAAUUUUUGCUGAAUCUUACCUGAAAGCUGCAGUUCCUUUAAAUGCCAUUAAUGGAUUUUCAAAAUGUGGUAUAUUUCCGUAUAACCCCGAUGUUUUCUCUAAUGUCGACUUCAUUGCUGCUGAAACGACUGAACAGUCUAUGGAAUCUGACACUUCAAAACCAACUCCUUAUAUUGGUUCAGUAUCUAAUACGAUACAGCCUCCGGCUUUACCUAUUGCUUUCCAUUCCUUCCCGCAGGAUACAAUUAUGCAACUAUCUCGUCAAGCUACACCAUCACCCACAUAUGCAGAACAAAAUAAUUCACCAUCGCUCUCUAUCAUUACAACUUCACCCUCCACAAUAACUAUGCAUAAUCCCAUGUCACCGAUUCCAUCAACUUCUUUCGCUAAUUUCACUCCAAGCAAUAUUCAACCAAUGCCAAGAAUAUCAGGGAAAAGAAGUCACUCUAGGAGAGUACGAGGUAACGCAUCAAUACUAACUAGCAUUCCCUACAAAAAUCAAUUGGAAGAGGAAAGAAAAAAGAAAACUAAUUUGGAACGGAAACGAGCUUUACGCCAGGAAAAGAAAGCAAAGAUUUCUACUAUCUCCCAAAAAGGAAAAGGGAAAGGAAGGAAGAAAGGGAUCAACCAAAAAAGAAAUAGUAAAGAAAAUAGGCACCAAAUAUCGGAAUCGUCUUCAGACGAAGAUGACACAGAAUGUCUGUUCUGUAAUGAGAAAUAUUCGAGAGACAAGGGAGGUGAAGGGUGGAUAAGAUGUUGUGUCUGCUUGAAGUGGGGGCAUGAUGAUUGCGUUGGGAUAGACAACAACAAUGACGCUGAUGACUUUACCUGCGAUUUCUGCCUCCAGGAUCGCUUCGCUGGUGCACGAAAAACUUUGCGUCUGUGA